GGUGUUGUGUGUUUACCGCUCUCACCUGACUUAUGUCACUUUUUUGGUGAGGGAUCCCGGAGCGACGGAAGCGGUAGAUGACUCAAAUUGUGCUUGUCGCCCCCCCCCCCGACCUUCUUCAACCUUAUUAUCGACAAAGAUUUUAGGAUUCCGGACGAAGGUUCUCACUCGGGGAGGGACGAUAGACGAUUGCUGAAUCUGCUCGUCUCAGACACUCGGCUUUCAUUCCGCAAAUAAACUCAAGCAGAACCGAUUCUGCGGGCAUUCCUCCGGAAAAACGAGCGAACAACCAAGAAUGGAGAGAGAACACGAGACUUGUCUACCUUUUGGGGGAACGCUGGCGACCUCGAGUGGAGGCAUCGUCGGUGAUCCGCAAAAGUGGCUGAUCUUCUCGCUGGUCAAACCGGAAUUCCUCAGAAAAGUCCGCCUAUGCUGCGUGUUCAGUUCGUCUGCCACUGAGGCAUUAUUGGUCACUGAGGAAGAUGAGGUCUGGGCGAUGGGGAGUAAUGCGGCGGGGUGUCUAGGAAUCGGCGACACAAGGUCAUGUCUGAGCCCGACCAAGGUCGAAGGUCUUUCGAAAAAAGGUGUCCAGUCCUUCGCCUGCGGCACCGGACCUCACGUUCUCGCUUUGACCGCCAGAGGUGAAGUGUACGGUUGGGGUCACAAUGGCUACUCUCAGGUCGGAAAUGAUCAGAAUUCGCAGGUGAGUCCACCUUCUGGUCGAGAGGGAUUGAGAGACUUUUUGGAGCUUAACUUGAUAACACAUCUUCUCUACCGACAGGCCAAUUCACCCGUGCUCGUUUUUGACCGGCAGCCCGUCGCUCAGAUCGCUUGUGGCGGUUACCAUUCUGUGAUUCGUACGGUUUCGGGAGGAGUAUAUACGUGGGGACAAAAUAAUUGCGGGCAACUGGGGCUCUCCGCCUCGGUAAAUCAUCAAUCACCGCGCAAGGUUGGCGGCGCCAUCGCGGAAAUGAAAUGCACCGGAAUCUCGUGUGGACACAAUUUCACUACGGCUGUUUUUGACACCGGAGAAGUCUACGUUUGGGGCUCGAACGGCAACGGGCAACUCGGCCUAGGAUCGUUGACAAAUCAACCCUUUCCUGUGAAAAUCGAGCAAUUGAAGGAUGUCUUCAUCAAAAAGGUCGCGUGUGGGUUUUCGCACACUCUCGCACUGACCGAUGAAGGCCUGGUGUACGUGUGGGGAGCGAACGCUUUGGGUCAGCUCGGCACUGAAAACAAGACAAAUCAGUCUAUACCCGUUCUCAUGAAAACGAUUCAUGGGCGGAUCAACGAGGUAGCUGCCACACAGUACAAUCAGACCUCAGCCGCCAUGACAGAAACCUCAAAAGUUCUGAUGUGGGGCUUAUGUAGGGGCCAGCACGUGACCGUUCCGACCGAAACUCCAUUCGACUCCGUUCAUGACGUUUUUGUAGCUUUUUCGUCGGUGCCCGUGACGCCCGUCCCAAUGAUAGUGAGAUCAGUAUGGGAGAACAAGUUAGCCUUGGCUAUGGCCGAGCACUUCGAUAAUCCCGCUCAUUCCGAUUUGAAAUUCCUCGUAGAGGGCAAGAAAAUACACGUGCACAAAACGGUGCUGAAAUUCCAAUGCGAGUACUUCCGAAACAUGUUCCAAGGGCCUUGGAUAGAAAACGACAGCGAUACUAUCGAAGUGACACAGUUCAGCUACCCUGUCUACAGAGCGUUCCUUCAAUACCUGUACACUGGUGACGUCGAUCUAGCGCCGACUGAAGCUAUAGGGCUCCUUGAUCUGGCUAAUUCCUGCUGUGAAACCAAUCUCAGGGCUCGAUGUCAGCGCCUAUUAAAAAACGGAUAUCGAUUGACAACUGCGCGAGUUUCUACAUGGCCGCCGUGCGGUAUAAGGCCGAAGAUCUGGAAGACUUUUGCUUCAGGUUCGCCAUGAAUCACACAACGGCCGUCGUUCUCACGAAAUCGUUCGCUAGUCUACCUGAAGAUGUAUUUAAGAUGUUCAUUGAUCGAGCUGCGAAGAACGGGGCAUUCAAAAGAUGAACAGUCGCGUAUGACCGAUGGGACCAAUGGAAGUGCCUCGAUGUCUCCAGUCAUCCUGUCUCCAAUAAACAUCUUCGCUGGACACUCGUGGGACUCGCUCAAUUCCAGCAAUGUCUCAGGAUCGCUUCCUACAUCUCUUCCAGCAACGAACGUGGAGGCAGGAGCUUGGGGUUCCUCCGACUGAGCCUCAAUUCCGCUC